AUGGACGAGACGCCGAAGCUCCUCCUGCAUACCGCCACGGGCUUCUGCGUGAUCUGCAUGUCCGUGGAGCAGGCUGCAGAUCCUGAACUGGAGACAGAGGAACCGCCGCCUGAUGGCCCCAUCGACGAUGGCGACGGCGAAGGAGCCGACGAGGCAGAAGCCACCCUGCCCCCAAGCGAGGAUCGCUCCUUCCUGGUCUUCUUCGAUACUGCUCAAAUGCUGAAGAAGCUCUUCCCCACGCUCGCAGCGAAGGCGGGUGAGAAAGGGGACGUGACGAAGCUGUACGAGGCGAUCUCGAAA